AUGGUUGUGGGUUGGUUGAAAAGUCGCGUCGAGGGUGAUGGGAAGAAGGUUGAUAGUUCGGUCAAGGGGGAUAAUGGAGGAGCGGUAGGUUCGACGGGUCAGAGGAGGGAGAGAGAGGAGGGGAGGGGCGGGGGCAGGAGGGAGAGCGAUUUUGCCGAAGUAAGCAGAUGUCGAACCCAUCCGCCAAAGGACGCUUGGAAAGGUGACGUCGCCGAAAUGGAAGGACAGAAGGAGGAGGACAGGUGUGUGCGGAAAGGGGGGACGGAGUAUCGAGGUGGAGGAGGUGCCGAAGAGACUUCGGAGAUCUCGCGAAGAGGUAAUCACCUGACGCUCGAGCGGGAUGAGAGGUGGGGCUGUGUGCGGGGAUGUCUCGGGGAGGGCCGCUCCGUUACGCCAGGGGCAGGCGCGGCGACGGGCGGUGGUGCGUUUGCUAAUGCGACCUGCGACCGGAUGGCGAAGAGGGUAGUGUCUCGUAGAAGAAGGAGAGCUCUUGGGGAAAUAUCAAAUGGCUCGAGGGGCGCGGCGGGGGCGCAGGAGGUAUUACGAGAGGGAGUAAGAAAAAGAAGAGUAGUGGUCCAAGCGAGACGCGCAGGUGCGGGGCUGGGAGGUUCCGCGGGGAGGGAGGGGAUUGCUGACAAGGUCACUGAAGCAGGGGAUGGACGGCUCAAGAAUCUACUCAUGAAUGGACUGACCCGUCAGCUAUGUAGCAUCGUCCCGUCAGCUUCUGCAGCUCGUCAGAAAAUUCUCGACCGAGAUAGAGGAACCGCGGUGCCUUGCCGCGCAAUCGCGCGAGGCGUUCCUUAUCCUGGUGUGUCUGUGCUGAAUUACCGUAUCAGGCGAUUUUACGACAAGCCAUUGCCGCAAUCAGCAUCUUGCAUCCUCAUUCAUCCAUGUUCUUUGGGUGCUUUGGGGGUGGCAAGCGAUAGGGAUGAGAGACAUGCGAAGACACUCCAGCCCCAGACCUUGCUGUGCUGCACUGAAGCUCUGAAGGGAUAA